AUGGCUCCUCAACCAACAGUUUUGGUCCUCGGAGGUGCUGGCUUCAUCGGUCGAAACUUUGUUGCAUAUCUAGUCGAGAAUGAUUUGGCUGCAGAGAUCCGUGUCAUUGACAAAGUUCUUCCAGAAACCGCCUAUUUUAACCAACGAUUUCAAGCUGCUUUUGAAAAAGUAGAGUUCAUGCAAAAUGACCUUUCUAAUACAAAAAAGUUUGAAAAGAUCUAUACUCGUGCAGACGGCUCAUCUUUUGACUAUGUGAUCAACUUUGCUGCCGAGACCAAAUUUUCGCAGCUUGCAGAGAUUUACGAGGAUCGUAUUUACAAGCUGUCGAUCAAUUGCGCAAAGGAAGCCGUUAAGAGACAGGCCAAAGUCUUUAUUCAACUGUCAACAGGCGAUAUCUAUGAAAGCAAUGGGACAGCAAGUAAAGAAGAUUCAAAAACCAAACCAUGGAACGUUCUUGCGAAAUAUAAGCUAAAAGUCGAUGAAGAGCUUCAAAACAUGCCUGGUUUGAGCUUGGUUAUCUUGCGUCCUGCAGUGGUCUAUGGGGUUGGAGCCAUGGGUGGCCUUACCCCUCGUUUGAUCUGUGGCCGAGUUUACAAGCAUCUUGGCAAAAAGAUGGAGUUUUUGUGGACUGAGGAUUUGAGGAUCAACACUGUGCAUGUUAACGACGUUGUGCGCGCAGUCUGGCAUACUGCCAACUGGUACGUGAGUUCAGACAACCCGCAGCCAGGCUCACCUGUGAUUUUCAACUUAGCUGACGAGAAUGAUACCAACCAAGAAGCCGUCAACACACACAUUCGAUCCAUCUUUGGCAUCGAAACUGGUUUCAAGGGAACGUCAUUCCUUACAAACCUUGAUUUGAUCGAUAUGAAAGAAGUGGCGGACGAGACAAACGACAUGCAUUUAGCACCAUGGGCGGAGCUUUUGAAAGAGCGUAAUAUUAAAACAUCGCCUUUGACACCUUAUUUGGACCCAGAACUGUUAUGUAAUAACGCGCUUUCAUUGGAUGGCAGCAAGAUUUGUGUGACCACGGGGUUCAAAUACGAGCAUCCCAAGCUGACUACCGAGAGUUUGCGCGAGAUCAUCACAGAUUUCCAGGAACUCAAUCUCUGGCCAAGAGACUAA